AUGGCAGAGCAGCCCUGCCUGGGUCCCCCCGCCAGCCCUGCACCCCCAAACCCCCACACCCACCCCAGGGACAAGUGGAGCAAAAAGAUGGAUUUCCUCCUCUCCGUCAUCGGAUUCGCCGUCGAUCUGGGCAACGUCUGGCGGUUCCCUUACAUCUGCUACCAGAACGGAGGGGGAGCCUUCCUCAUCCCCUACACGCUGAUGGCUGUUUUUGGGGGGGUGCCCCUCUUCUACAUGGAGCUGGCCCUGGGGCAGUUCCACAGGACAGGUGCCAUCCCCAUCUGGAAGCGCAUCUGCCCCAUCUUUAAAGGCAUCGGCUUUGCCAUCUGCAUCAUCGGCCUCUACGUCUCCUUCUACUACAACACCAUCAUUGCCUGGGCUCUCUACUACUUCUACUCGUCCUUCUCGGGCACCCUGCCCUGGGCGAGCUGUGACAACCCCUGGAACACCCCUGACUGCACCAACUACUUUGGGAAGAGCAACGUGACCUGGACCAACUUCUCCAGGUCCCCCGCCGAGGAGUUUUACACGAGGAAGGUCCUGGAGAUCCAGAAAUCCGGGGGUCUGUAUGACAUCGGGGGGAUCCGCUGGCAGCUGCUCCUCUGCCUCUUCCUCAUCUUCACCAUCGUCUACUUCAGCCUGUGGAAAGGGGUGAAAACCUCCGGGAAGGUGGUGUGGGUGACAGCCACGCUGCCCUACGUCGUCCUGCUCAUCCUGCUCAUCCGAGGGGCCACCCUGCCUGGAGCCUGGAGAGGGGUUGUCUUCUACCUGCGCCCGGACUGGGGCAAGCUCCUGAGCACCGCAGUUUGGGUGGAUGCUGCUGCACAGAUUUUCUUCUCCUUGGGCCCUGGAUUUGGAGUCCUCCUUGCUCUGGCCAGUUACAACCAUUUCCACAACAACUGCUACCGGGAUGCGCUGGUCACCAGUGCUGUGAACUGCCUCACCAGCUUCCUCUCAGGCUUCGUCAUCUUCACCGUGCUGGGCUACAUGGCCGAGAUGAGGGACGUGGAGGUGGAGGAUGUCGCCAGAGAUAAAGGGCCCAGCCUCCUCUUCAUCACCUACCCUGAAGCAAUUGCCAACAUGGUGGGAUCCACCUUCUUCGCCAUCAUUUUCUUCCUGAUGAUGAUCACCCUGGGGCUGGACAGCACGUUUGGAGGCCUGGAGGCCGUGAUCACGGCCGUGAUGGACGAGUACCCCCAGGUCCUGGCAGGGCGACGGGAGCUCUUCGUCCUCGGCCUCAUCACAGUCUGUUUCCUGGGCUCUCUCAGCACCCUCACCUACGGGGGAGCCUACGUGGUGAAGCUGCUGGAGGAGUUCGGUGCCGGCUGCUCCAUCCUGGCAGUGGUGCUGCUGGAAACCAUCGCUGUCUCCUGGUUUUAUGGGAUCCAGAGGUUCUCCCACGAUGUCAAAGCCAUGCUGGGCUUCACCCCGGGGCUCUUCUGGAAGCUGUGCUGGGUCGCCAUCAGCCCUGCCUUGCUGGCGGUGAGUAUCCAUGGCCAAAUUACAGACAAGUCAUCGCUGUCCCUCUGGACACCCUGCAGGACAGCCACUCCCCUCUGCUGCCCAGCUCCCCGUGCCAUGACAACUCCCCUCUCACCCACACGAGGUGACCAAGGUGCCAGGAGAGUGGACAGGGCUGUGGGACCUCAUGCCAGCCCUCCCCAUGCUGCUGCUCGAGCCACGGGCACUGCCACAGUGCCCACAGCCCCAGGACCUCACCGAGAAAGGGAGCUGGAAGUUCAUUUUCCAGCCUUUUCCACAGCUCCAGGGCAAAGCUGGUUGCUCACACAGGUGAAGCUCAUCCUCCCAGCACGCAGCAUGCCUGGCAGGGCCGGCCACGGGUCCAUCUCCCAUGUGCUGGGCUGGAUCUGUCCCUUUGAAAUGCCAGCUCCCACGGCACUUCAAAGGCUGCCGUCAGCAGAGGGGUCUCAUCUCACCGGAUCUGCAGGAGAAGAGGCCUUGUGA